ACGCGAAGUGCUAUUUUGGCGCCACGAUGCAACUCGGGGCCAAAGGCAGGACGACCAAGCUGCCGCUACUCGUGCUUGUGUGCAGCGUCGUCAUAGCUUGCUGCUACUACGUUGCCAGUGCGUUUGCAGCGUUCAGCGACCGCUGGGCGCGCCAGUCGCACCACCAGCUCAAACAAGCGGUCCACCGGCGAGAGUCCAUCGAGGACGCACUGCCGCAACCCACCGCGUCCUUUCUGCACGUCCACACCUAAUGCCCUACUACUAAUACACCGCCGAUGCUACAACUACA